UGUCUAUAUAGCAUAUCUACACAGAAAUGUACAGGCAGGUUUAGUGUCACUUUUGAGGUUACAGAGGGUUGUUGCCAAACGUUAGUUGUUGUGUAAUAAACUGUUUUGCUACGCUACGCUCGUUGCUGCUCCAAAUGUCACAGAAGGAUGAGUCCGAAAAUGACAUUUGGGAAUAUAAACCUCUCCUAAAGAAAAGAAGGAACAACAAAUCGCCGUGUGCCUCUAAAAGAAGAUAUGCUUCCGAGAAAACGUCAAAGAAAAACUGUUCUCUCUCUCUCGGGUCACAAGAGAAGGGCGCAAAGACCAAAGCAGCUGAAAGUGGAGAUUCCUCUGCUGUUGGGGAUGCAGAUGAUGUACCCAUCAAGUCUCCUGCCACAGAGAUAAUCCAAAGUGGCAGCAAUGCAGGCGAGAUGCCAACUUCUGAAGACUACUGUCCCAUCUGUCAGAUGCCUUUCUGCAUUCUGGUUGUACAGUCUCAGAGAUGGCAUGUUGCUGAAUGCCUCGACACCCCCAGGGACAAAUGCAAAGAAUGCCCAGAUGGUCUCCAGUGUACCUCCACCAUUCCAAUCCAUUACAAGAGGCUCAACCACACACUUCUUGCUGAAAGCCGUGCAAACAGCAACACAGCAGCCACCAGUCUGUCCUGGCAAACAGGGACUUUUGAAGAAGCAAGCAUCGGCUGGCUCCAAGAAAAUAAAAACAAUGAGAUGCUUACCUUUCCAUUAGAUUCCUCUCAGGGGAGUGAUCCCAUUUCUUCUUCCAUUUCCAGUCAGGGUGCCUCCCCUCGACAGGAUCACACCGCAACACCUCUGUCAAAACCGACAAAUGGCCUUCUGUUGCUGCGUUCUCCUGGGCCAGAAGACUUUAAGAAAAAGAAAGGAUGGUUAGGUAAUAAUAAAGGACAACAGUCAGUGGGUGCUUUGCAAGGUAAAACUGAGGUUUCGUCCCCUCCUGUUAAGGAAAACACUACAGUUCAUGCAUGUGAAAGUUCAACUAAAGAGCAAACGUUUCUCAAAGAUGAUGAUGGGAUAUCCUACUCUCCACUGUCUGAGCUCCCUGCAGAGCCUGAAGUUAGUAAUAACUGCACAAAGUCUCUUUUUCUUAAUGAAGGAUCUGAUCAUGAACACUCAGUGAUAUUGUUCAAUGACAGCUUCUCAAGCGAAGAUGAAAUCCUGGCUGACUUUGUAGACAAUAACUGGGCUGAAGGUGAAAUGGUGUUGAAUGAUCCCUCCUCCUCCUCCUCCUUUUCCUCCGUGUCUCAGCUGGGUCCAGUUUCUUCAUUAGCACCUACUAAUCAACAGGCUGACCCAAACAAAGCUGAUGCAGAAGCUUGUGUAUCUAGCAGUAAAAUCAGCAGUAGUAGCUUUCAGUCACCACAGAGUAUUGUUUUAGAGCAUCUAAGAGAAAGUCUUCCUUGUUCAGAAGGUCAGUGUAGUCAGAACCCCAGUUCUCCUCAAGUAUCUUCAUCACAGGACUCCUUUGUGACAAAAUUUCAAAACAUGCCUCCUCAAAAAGGCGAGAGCAAGGCAGGCCAGGCCUCUGGACUGAAGCAGACAGACAUCGGGGUGUUUUUUGGCCUCAAACCGCUCAAAGAGAAGGAGAGUGAAAGUGGACAAAACAACCUGGGCACCACCUCUGUCUCAGCAUCUGGUAAGAGCCCAGGAUGGAGGAGACGUGGGAGAGAUGGACAGGGGAAAAGCAAGGCUGACCCAGCAGCAGAUGUAUCGCAGGCCACGGGACUCGGAAAUGACUCAAGGUCGGUGGGUGCUCAAGGCGAAGCUGGCAAAGGUGGGAACAGAGGAUGGAGAAGAAGGUGGAACAGAGAGAAUGCUGACGGAGAAGUCCAGCUGCCCCGCUGUCCAUUCUAUAAGAAGAUUCCAGGUACGAAGUUUGUUGUCGACGCGUUUCGUUAUGGAGAGAUUGAGGGCAUAAGCACCUACUUCCUAACACAUUUCCACUCGGACCAUUACGGAGGGCUGACCAGGAGCUCCACAUUUCCAAUCUACUGUAACAGAAUCACAGGGAACCUGGUGAAGAGCAAACUGAGGGUGGCAGAGCAGUACGUCCACGUCCUUCCCAUGAACACUGAGGUGAACGUGAAGGGAGUCAGGGUCAUCCUCCUGGACGCUAACCAUUGUCCAGGAGCUGCAAUGCUGCUGUUCUUCUUGCCCGAUGGACAGACGGUCCUCCACACUGGUGACUUCAGGGCCGACCCCUCCAUGGAAACUUACCCCGAGCUACUCGGCUGCCGGGUUCAGACUCUCUACCUAGACACCACCUACUGCAGCCCUGAGUACACCUUUCCCAGGCAGCAAGAAGUUAUUAACUUUACAGCGAGCACGGCAUUUGAGUUGGUGACUCUCAACCCGCGCACGCUCCUGGUGUGUGGAUCGUAUUCUGUGGGGAAAGAAAAGGUCUUCUUAGCUCUGGCAGAGGUCUUGGGGUCAAAAGUGGCCCUCUCCAGAGACAAAUACAACACCAUGUGCUGCCUUGAGUCUCAGCAAAUCAAAGAGCGCAUAACCACCGACUGGAAGGCAGCCCAGGUUCACGUGCUUCCCAUGAUGCAGCUCUCCUUCAAAAAUCUGAAGAGUCACCUGGCACGCUUUUCAGCACAGUAUGAUCGGCUGGUAGCCUUCAAGCCCACCGGCUGGACCUUCAGCGAGCAGAUGCAGUCGGUGGAAGACAUUGAGCCACAGAUCAGUGGCAACAUCUCCAUUUAUGGAAUCCCAUACAGUGAACACAGUAGCUUCCUGGAGCUGAAACGCUUUGUCCAGUGGCUCAAACCUCUGAAGAUCAUCCCUACCGUCAACGUUGGCAGUUGGUCGAGCAGGAAGGCCAUGGAGAGGUGUUUCGGCGAUUGGCUCUCAGAAACUAGAGCUAAGCUCUAAAAUGUGCCCCGGAUUCUGAGAACUCAUCUGUGGCUUGUUGGUUUAAAUAAAACCAAACCAUCCAAUUUAGUAUUUGGAAACAAAUGUUGUAAAACUGCUAAUUUGUCAUUUUUGGGGGGAUUUUAUUGAUGCAACCUCUUCACCAGACGACUAAUAACUGAAAAGACAUAUGCUGACUCUGAGUGGUUAAAUGUGCACUCAUGGCCCAGUUUAUGGAAUAAAACUGCGAUCCAGUGCUGCCUUAAUUAAUGUUAACACAAACAUGGUUACAGUGAAACCAGAGUUAUGCUGAAUUAACUGCCAACCUGUUGUGACUACAUUCCCAUUAUGUAUUCAACAUACUGCAAAUGCUGCUCUUAAACUGUACCUUUAUAUGUUUAUGAUCCGUUUUUAUGCUAUAAAAAUAAAAAUCUUAAAUAUUCUUUA